CGUCCCUGCAGAGGAGCACUCCUUUGAGAGCUGAGAUCGGUUUCAGAGCUGGUCCUUGCGGGUGAUGCCAGCGGUACAAAUUUAGCAGACCUAUUAAAAGGCCACUCUGCACGAGCCUGCUGAUGGUCUUUGUGUGAGGCGGCGGGUGGAGAGGAGGGGGUAGAACUACUGGGACGUGUGUUUGAGAGAACAUGCGACAAAAAGAUUUCACUGAUAACCAACUGGUUCACAAUUGUCUAUCUUAAUUUGGGCUUCCUACGGAUAUCAGGCAUGAAACACCUACAGCCUGGCCUGCAACAGUGCACUCUGGCUUCAUAAUAAGUAACCACCUUGACCUUGAUAACAUUGAAGCGUGUUGUAAUUAACUUAUUUUCUAUAGCAGUGGCUUUUUUGAAUAAGCGCGCCCUGGGCCUCAUCAUCAGUCUCCUCAUCAUAAUGCCCCCCAAUGGCAACUAAGCACCGACCCUCUCAGCUAUAUCUUUCUCAACGCCCGCCCCCUAGGACUCCCUAACAUCCCUUGGGGGGCUGUAGAGCCUCCGUUUAUAAACACUAUUCCAUAGCAUACAAUUCUAACUUCACAGUCAGCCGAAAUAUACGUAAUAGUACCGGUAAUGUGUCUGUGACUGGAUGUGCAGAAAUCACUAGAGCCCCACGUAUAGGGGUCACAGAGAGUCCUAUUUUAUUUCAUUAUUUUUUUUCAGUUUACAUCGUGGGGGGGGUAGGGGGGUGUCAGAUUAUGGAGGGCCAUUGGUGCUGGUUGUACAUGACGCCCAGAAUUUGGUGGUACACCCCUGCUUUGAAGUAAAAACGUUAACGUACGCCACUAAUACUGUAUGCUUAUGCUGUGUGUGCACUGAUGAGCACGUGGGCACAACAGAAAGUGCCUAUGGCUUUGAUGGAGUAAGAGGACAGUGACAGUGAGCGUAAACGCCGGUAAGGAGACACUGGCUUCUAACAGCUGCUCCUCGUGGGAUCAUUGUGGGGCAUUGUGCAACGCUUAACUCACUGGCCAUGGUGUGCAUUUCACCAGUGAAUUAUUUAAUACUAUACUCCAGGCAACUGCCAUUUAUACAUACCUACAUAACCGCCUGCCAAUGCGCCUUCAAUAGGCCUACGUUAUGAUUGCGUAAUCCAAUCAAAAUUAAUUGAGUAUUAUUCCAUGCAGACAAUGGUGAUGGAUGAGCCAACAUGUCUUUUUAAAAAAAAACAUUUACAGUAUGACUCAUGACAGCUGUUUUGAUGGAUGGCCCACAUAGGCCAGCUAUUGUCACAGUUUUAAAUUGGGGAGGGAUGAUAUCAAGAAUGCAACACGGCCCAUUGGUUCCCGCUGGGCAUGUAACUGGAGCCUUGGAGCUCUUAUCCUGCCUGGUCAUUAAUAGGGUCCAAGGUUGACAACACUGGGCAACACAGAGCAGAGCAGGCCAGACCAGAGGGCCCCUCACCAGACUGGACACUGCACUGCGCAUCACAGUACCACUGCCAGCACGGUGGGCUCAGCUGGAGAGAUGACCGCACUUACCCUGCUGCAGGCACAGAUGCAGGAACUGACCUCAUCAGGGCAGGUUGCCGGGGUGGGCAUGGAUGACAUGUACAGCAUCAGCUCCGUUAGCCCGCUGGAGGACGAUCCCCCACCUCUACCUCCUCCUCCGCCAUCAUCUCCACCUAUCAGACUCCUGGGUACCGGAGGAGAGGAGGCCACCACUGCCACCAGCCCGAGGCUGCCCAUGACACCCCAAGGUCACUCCUCCCACGAGAACCUGAGCAGCCCAGCGCUGCGCGUCUCCCCCCUGGAGGCCAUCCGAGAGCUGGACGAGGCGACGGAGGAGAGCUUAUCAGGCCAGCGCAGCCCAGGAGACGGGGCUGUGAGGGGGGCUAAGGAUCAGCUGGCAGUGGGGAAGGAACUCCCUCCUCCGCAGUCUGCAGAGAAAGGGACGGAAGACCUGCUUGCCUUAGAGGACUGUGAGGAGGAGGACAGUGAUGACACUCACAUCCCCGUCGUGAUGAUGAAGAGGCCUUUGAGGUCCAUAAUCACCACCAGCAAGAGCAUUGCCGUCCUGGAAACUGCACAGUCAGAGGCAUGUCGUUCCCAACAAAGCAUCUCUGAUCUCGUUUGCCUUCGGGAGGACUCACAAACACACUCUCCUCAGACACAGAAGUCGCUCAGAGUAGGACUAAGCGAGGAAACGUUGGGCAGCAACUCCUCCAAGAAGUCACAACGGACUGUUGUCAUAGUUGGCUCUGAGCUGGAGGAUGACACUGGAUCCUCUGUGACCUCCGUGAGAGGGCAGAUUGACAAGCGCAGUCACACACCGAGCCCUGCUGUGGUUCCUGUGGGGAGUAGGGCUGAGCUGAGGAGCUCCACAGGCACCAUCACAGACCUACAGGAGAGCAACGCUGAUGAGGCUCCUCUUCAGGACGGCGUGAUGUGCAUCAACACAACGAGGGACAGUGCCUCAACAGAGCAGGGAGACAGCAGCACCCUCAUUGACAUCCUCAUCGCAUGUAAAGCCAAGGUGGAACAACUGGAGCAACUCAAAUGCUCCUCCUAUGAGCUGACAAUCCAGCUCCAGUCUGCGCAGGCCCUGGCCACAUGUCUGCAGGAGCGGGUGGUGUGGCUGGAGGAGGAGCAGGGGAGGCAGCAGAGGGAGGUGCAGGGCCUGCGGGAGGAGCUGCAGGAGGCGCGCAGGAGCCUGAGGGAGCGCAGCGUGCAGACCGAACGCAUCAGCCAGGAGCUGCGCCUCCUUCACCUGCAGCUGCAGAAGAGGCCCAGUGCAUCGGGCUCCUCAGAGGGGCAGGAGGACGGACACCAGGAGGAGAAGGAGGUGCAGCAGGAGCAAGGGGAGUCAGAGCAGGAGCAGCACCCUAGCAGCCAUGGCCACAUGCUGUCCACCAGGGUAGAGCAAGGCUCCUCAAGAGUUUGUACACUACUGUGACGGAUGUGCAGGCGGAGGAGGAGAAGGAGGAAGAGGAGGAGGAGGUGGAAGGAGAGCACUAAAGGAGAAGGAACAGAAGCAGGAACUCAGCCAUGACUUGGCCAGGUCCCCUCGCCAUCCUUGGGUCCGCACUGUACAUUGUGGCACAAGGAGCAGGAGUAGGAGGAAGAGGUGGAGAGAGAGGAACAAAAGCAGGUGAGUCCCAAUGGCCCACCUAGGCCGGGGAUAUGCUUGCUGUGUGCCUAACACUAUGCAUGCAACCGUGUGUUACCGAGUGCACAUACUUGCUUCAGGAUGAUUGGAGCACUUUGCUAGAGGCAUCACAGGGGGUAGCUAGCCAACAGGGCUCUCAAUAAUGUUUUUCACCAUUUUUUGACUUUACCGCCAACUCAACAUGGAAGUUCGGAAGAUCAGAAGUUUUGUCAAUAUUGCACCGUACACACACGUCUGCGUACGUGACUGGUGCUCUGCCACGCGCAAAAUUGACAUAAAAUUCUCAUGGCAAUCAUCAUGCAUCACGCGAUCAUGCAAGAAAAGUGCAUGCGCAUGUGGGGUUUUUCUCCAUUUAUGUCAGACAGGCACUCUUGAUCUGGUGAGUUUUCUGCAGAUUUUAUUUGGCUGCUCCCGAUAUGGGAACAGGGAACAUCCUAGCGAGAGACACCAUUCUCGCUGAUCUCUCUAGGUAGGACGCACACUAGCCUGUCGCAUCGUUGAGUCUUUUAUAAGUCUUGACCCACCCAGGCCAGAUGCUUUACACAUGCUAAUUAGCUUGGCCACACCUCAGCUCACAGACAGGCCCUCACACUCAACACAGAGUACAAUGCUUACACACUGGAACGAUAUAUACAUAUAGUCAUAUACACAUAUCUCAAUAUUCCUGCACAUACAUGUA